CAGCUCACCUGUUUUACUUUUGCCUUAUGUUGUUGCUGUUGAGAAAGGUGUAAUAUGGUAGAAAGGGUAGAUUAACGUUUUUCAGCACCACAGAGAUUAUAAAUUACAUCCCUUUCCGUACGUUUUCUAAGGUGUAUCUUAUCUAUUCAGAAAGAUGGCAGUUAUCCUGAGACCUAUUCGUUAGGCUUAUGUUACACUUAGCAUUUGUCUUCUGGACACCCAAUAUUCUCCACGCUGCUUGUCAUUUUUAUAAAUGGUAGUUGCCCGUCACAUCUUGUAACAGGGACUGAUUUUUUCACUGAUUUCUGUUUAUAUUAAAACAUACGACUUAGGGGUUACCUGGUGUUUUUAUACCUUCUGAACUAUGCCAAGGAAGAAAUGCUACACGUGCCAUAAGCCCUAUAACAACUAGACGGAAGAAUCUUCACUUAUGGAUCUACUUUUAUAGGAAAUAGAUACAAGUAGAUGAGUGCAGAAAGUUUUGUGUGCACAAACAGACAACUAGAGAUAUGGAAUGUUUGCUAUACAGGUAUGGGAUCCGAUAUCCGGAUAACAGUUAUCCAGAAAUUUCCGGAUUAUGGAAGAUAUCUCCAAAAAAGGGCUCCCACCAUGUGAUGCAGCCGUUAACCUUGCAGGUGAAAAUGUUCUGAACCCAUUAAAAAGGUGGACAGAGGCAUUUAAGCAGGAGGUUAUCUCCAGCAGAAUUGAGACAACCCGCACUCUGACCCAGGCCAUCAGCAAAUCUUCAAACCCCCCACGAUCCUGGAUUUUAGUUACUGGAGUGGGAUAUUACCCACCAAGUCAAACACAUCAAUACUCUGAAGAAAGUCCUGGGGGGAAUGCAGAUUUCCUCUCUCGUCUAGUAAGAGAUUGGGAACAAGUAGCCGAACUGCCCCCCUCAAUUAACAAACCCAGUACACAGCUCGUGAGAGUGCGUUCAGGUGUUGUAUUAGGAAGAGAUGGGGGUGCGCUGCCUUCCAUGCUGUGGCCAUUUCGCUUGUGUCUGGGGGGUCCUAUUGGAUCUGGAAAUCAGCCGUUUCCUUGGAUUCACAUUGAAGACUUAUGCAGACUACUGUGUCAAUGCAUUGAGCAAGGGGGGUCUAGUGGGGAUGUCCUAAAUGCAGUGUCACCCUCCGCUGUUAAAGAUACCAAUAGUGACUUUACACAAGCUCUGAGCAUGGCCCUGGGGCGCCCCGCAUUCUUGCCAGUACCUGCCCUAGCUAUUAAGGCUCUUCUAGGAGAGGACAGAGCCCCAAUGUUACUUGAAGGACAGAGAGUUGUCCCACAAAAAACACUGCAGAGUGGAUUCACCUUUUUGUAUCCAGACCUCAAAUCUGCCCUUGCUGACCUUUUGAAAUGAAGUACUGUGCACUUUCUAUAAUCCUAACAAUGGAAUAAAUAUGUAUCAGUGUGCUCUGUGUUGCUUUUUAAUUGGAUUUUAUCACUAAAUAAUUCAUAAUAUAUUUUUGCAUAUUU